AGAAAGAGACUCUCGCUCGCUUGCAACGUUUGUAGACGAAAAAAAAUCAAGUGCGAUGGAAUUAAACCUGUGUGUGGAAAAUGUCUUAAGCAAGACCAAGAAUGCAGCUAUUCUUCUUCAAACAAGAAGAGAGGACCGAGACAGGGUCACAUUGAAAUAUUGGAACAGCGAUUAAAGAAAAUGGAA